AUGCUGCCCAGAGCAGUUCUCCAGAACUCGCGCAGCUUGCUCCGUUAUUCCCUUCGACGAGCAACUACGACACCCACAACAACGGCAUCUGGCGCUGUACAAAAAAAGAAAGAUGACGAUAUGCUGGAAACGGUGGACAUUGAGGAUCUUCCACGCGCACAGAAACGCUUUGCCAAACAAUUCGAACAGGUAAACGAACAGAGGAUCAAAGAAAUUUUUGCCAAAAACUACAAAAACCAUAUUGCAUUCUCUGCGCUGAUUCUUCUAGUGGUCGGAAUUUAUUAUUACACGAUAUAUGCUGUCAAGCAAGAAACUUUCCUCGAAGAAAUUGAUGAGGAGAUGGCUGCUGAACAUCCUAAGACUCAUGGACAUCUAUCAGCCAACAAAGCCGCUUAG